GCUGGACUUAAAAGAAUACAGAGCGCCGCAAACCACCUAAUAACACAAGAAACUCGAGUUCACUCAUAACAGCCGUCCGAUCUUAUGACACGCCAUCGAUCCCUUCAGUUCGUAAUUCAACGGUCCAGAUCAAAGUUCUGCAGCGCUACUGGGACUGAAGCAUGAAGCUCCUCUACUCCCUUCCCUCUUUCUCUCUCCUCCCCUGUUUUUCCCCAGAAUUUUCAGGACUAUAAUUUCGAAAUUAAUUAUCCGAGAAAUUUUUUUGUUUGUGAUUUUUGAAUUUCUCGAGAAAUUGACAAUCAUGGAGGAAGAGAGAGAAUUCGAAGAACAGAGCGAAAUUAGAUUCGUGAGUGAAGACGAAGUGGACGGUGAAGAUGAGGACGAUAUUGAGGAGAUCGACGGUCAAGAGGAAGAGGAUGAUGAUGACGAUGAUGAGGACGAGGAGGAUGCAGAGAACAACGAGACGGAGGUUUUGCAUAGCUCUGGUGGUCCACCGAUUCAUUCAGUAGACGAUGAUGAUGAGGACGACGAGGACGAGGACGAGGAAGACGAUGAUGAGGACGGUGAAGGCGAUAGUGAUGACGAUGACGAUGACGACGACGACGACGAAGAUGGAGAAGAAGAGGAGGAGGAGGAUGUUGGAACUGAUUACCUUGUUCGACCAGUGGCUCGUGCUGAAGAUGAGGAAGAUGCUAGUGAUUUUGAACCAGAGGAGAAUGGUGAGGAUGACGAUGAUGACGAUGCUGGAGGAAAAGUUGAGGCUCCACCAAAGAGGAAGAGGUCAGACAAAGGCUCUGAUGACGAUGAUGAUGGUGGAGAGGAUGAUGAGAGACCCUCCAAACGAUAGGGCUGGGCCCUUCUCGGUUUGAAGAGUGACCAUUGACGCAUAGGUCAAUCUCUCUCUCCCUUUCUUAACUAGAUCCAUCUACCUCCCUGUAGAAAGAAGGAUGGAUGCUCCAUGUUUGGCUUUCAUCCUUGCUGUAUUAUCAUGGUGGUGCAGUAUUAAUAGGGUCGUUUUUCUUGGAAAUGCAUUGGCAUAUGGAUUCUAAAACAUGUCAAAAACUGUUUGGUUUAGGCUUUGUGUAAGGCAUGGAAGUUAGAAAAAAGUCUCAACUCUGAACACUUCAUCUCAUAGGACAAUUGCAGUUUUAUUAGUAUAGUGUUAUUUUCCUGGUAUUUCAGUAUUAUCAGUCUGUUGGAUGAUUGUUGGAGCUUUCAUGUUUCUAAGUAAUGCCUGUCUCUUUUAAGAAAUCUUUGUUUGUCGCCUUGAGUUAUUGUGAUUGUUAAUUGGUGGGAUUGAGGAUGAGUGCAGAGCUAGAGUUUCGUUCCAUGGCUGAUAAUUGGCCAGGUUGGGUAUCGAUUUGAAGGGUGUAGGCCCUUAGAAUUCUGGCUGAUUGGCCAUUUCACUUCUGUAGAGUGUGGUGCUCUAAUCUUGG